CUACGGUAGCCAGCCAAGUUGUAUGAAUGGCUCACCUCUGUCUGAGUGUCUCUCACUGUGUAGGAAUUGCUGGUACUGUGAAUGUUUUGUGAAUACGUGUUGCCAUGUUUAGUGAGAAGGAAGCUUGCAGGGUGCGGGGGGGGGGGGGAGAGAAACAGGCAAUAAAGGCUGAAGCAGGAAAAGUGAGGGUUGGUAGCUGAGAGAUGGGGAACAGAAAAAUGGGUAAGAGAAGAGAGGGUGAUGGAGCUGAGACCUUGGCGACCCUGGGACCUAUUAAUGGGUGGGGUAUUUUCUGCAGGGUGGGUGAGUUUUCCUUAUUGGGGUAAAAUGAGGGUGAGCGAGGGCUGCUCAAUUUACCCCUGAGAAGAGGAAGUGAAAUUCUGCAUGCUUAAGUCAAUCCUGGGAAAUAUGACAUGGGCCUUGAAGGCUAAAAGAGGGUUUGCAGGAUUUCUGGCUGCGGUACUUCAGUUUUCAUUAAAUCAGGACAUUUCAUGUGUUAUUGAUUAUGUGUUGGAGGCCUUUUACUGUUUAUGCUGCUAUUGGCAGGCUGGGCCUGGGACACUUGUUGGAUAGUCAGGUGGGUGGGUUAGAGAUUUAUUUAUUUAAAUUGUUAAUAUUGAUCCUGAUUUUGCAUUUGAUUCUGUUAUUGCAGUACUGAAUGUGACUUGUUGAUGAUGCCUUAUUUGUUUUUAUAUUUUGGUAACGAAGCUUAUUUGUGAGGAAAGAAAAAAACGAAAGGGUGGCUGAGAAAUGAGGGUAAGGAGAGACCAAUGGGGCAGGAGAAAAGAGAAAUGCAGUAAACAUGCAAUAGUAUUUGUUGAGAAGCAGUCUGUCUCGGUAGCUGGCAUGCUAUAGCUUACUAUUUGACAUGGAAGUCGGCUUUUGACAAUAUCUGACACCAAUAGAUGACGCAGCCUGACAUGCAGUAGCAUUCAGCAUUGGAAUUCUCUGAAAGCUGACAUGGUGGCAGUCACUAUUUGAGUGUUUCCAACAUGCAGAAGCAUCUAGCUAUUUGACAUGUAACACAGAAAUGUUGAUUGCCAAAACAUGACUUUGAGCCUGCCUUCCACGUUGUAGCUGUAGCUGAGGGGAAACGAAUACUGUAUAGGAAGUAUAAUCUUAAUAUGAACACUACAUUUCAAUUCUUGGUUUUCUAAGGUAGCAGGCCUAGUUUCCUCCACCUCCCACACACACGCACACAUUUGUAGCCUUGAAAACAUGAGAGCAUGUAAAUAGUUCUGCUAAUCAACACAUUGUAUUUAUAGCAGACUGGCACAUGCUUGUUGUGAAGUGCUGCACGUGAAGGUGCUGCAUUGCAAUCACAGGCUCUCUCGGUUACUUCAAGGCUUCUUCCCCCUUGCCCCCCCUCCCAGCUUUGCUUGGUAGACAGGGACAUGGCUGAAAACACCAUAAAUAGACCCGUGUUGGGCUACUGUUGGAAGAGUGGUCAUGCGGCAGUCUUAACUUAUACUAUGUACAAACCAUACAUUUACAGUACAUGACUCCCCACAAAGAACCUUGGGAGCUGUAGUUUGUUCAGGCUGUUUGAAAUUCUAACUCUGUGAGGCACAAACUACAGUACCCAUGAUUCUUUGGGGGAAGCCAUGACUGUUAAAGUGCUAUAAAUGUGCCUUAAAUGUUUGGUAUGUAUGCAGUUAUGCUUUUCAGAUGUGAUGCAAGCCCCAGGCGGAGGCUGACAGGAUGUGGGAUUGCAAUUCCUGUUCCUCUGCAGUUCCCCUGAAAUUGAUCUUGCACAUCUCUUUCCUGUGAAGUCCUCUGCUUGUCAGGUCCACUUCUCAGGACAUAUCUGCUCCUGAUUUGACACUAGUUGACAGCUGUUUUACCCACCCAGCUUCUGGCAACGUAGAACCAUAUGACAGGCAGAAAUUCAAUAGUUGAAUCUUUGAUCACAUCAUUGUCAUCAUCAUCACCACCAUCAUCAUCAUUCUAUUUGUAUGCCACACAACAGUGAGUCUCUAUGGUAGAAAAAAGCAGUGGCUGUUGAAUUUCUGCCUCUCGUGGAGACAUGUCUGAAAAAUAUGUGGCAAAUUCUCUUUGUGCAGGAAAAAGUGCUUGAGAAAAUGAGGUUUGCAAAGUGUGGGUUUUGAACACCUUCCUCUGAAUAGACAGCACCAUCAUAUAUAUAUAACAGUAUAUAACAGUAUAUAUAUAACAGUAGUCAAAUUUUGGAGUUGCUGUGUAGACAUUUUGAAGAUGGGGAAAAUCAGCCUGAACUGCAUGUGGGUGACAUGCGCCUUGUAUGAGGGGAUCUGGUCUGCAGAAUUAAGAAGUGGGCCCUGCUCUUAGGCAGACAGAGAUGGCUGCCUCAGGUGGUUGAUUUUAAAUAUGAAAGGGCAGGAAACUCUUAGGCUACAUAUGCAUUUAAAGCACAUGACUUUCCCCAGAGAAUGAUGGGGAUUGUAGUUUGUUAAGGGUGCUGGGUAUUAUAGCUCCUUGAGAAGCAACUACAGUUUCUGGGAUUCUUUGGGGUAAGUCAUAUGCUUUAAAUGUAUGGGGUAUAUGCAGACUGAGGUUUUUUUGGCAGUAUUUGAGGUCCCAUGGAAUGGUGCACAUGGGAUUUUUGGUAUUAGCAAUCCAGAUAGUCUGGUCAUCUUUGGGGUGCUUUUUUGGGGAGGGCACACCAUUUGCUGUUCUGUCUCAGCCAGCCCUGAUAGUAUAAGGACUACCUAAUUUCUCUCGUUUCCGGUUUUCCAGCUCUCCAGGAACCUGUAUGUCUCACCUACAAUAAGCAUGGAAACAGACCUGGAUAACAGCCAGUUCUUGUGUUUUUUAGUGAUAGGGAAUCAGAGUCAUUCUUGCGCUUCUUGUUUUCUUCGGGGCAACCUGAUACCUGCCUAGCACCCAGUAGCACCCAGCAUGGUGGGGCAGCACCGUGGAGCUGGUCUCCCAACACCAGUGUCACUACCGCUUACCUGGCUGGUGCAGAGAGAGGGACAGGGCAUCAGUGAAAUUGGAUCCAUGUUUUAAACUGUGGCCAGAUACAGACUUCAUGGCUUCACUCUCAAGCAAAAAAACAAAAACAAAACCUCUCUCCCCCCACUCCUUCCCAUUGCUCUGAUGAAGAGUGCGGGAGAACUCUUAAAACCUGAGCACUAUUUUGUGAUAUUUUAAUUGGCUUAAUAAAUUGUAUCCUCCCUAAAAGAGGGCACGUGUUGCAGUGAGACCUGGAGACUGACCUCCUGUGUUGUGGGUGGGUUGGAUUGGUCAGCCACAGCACCCGAUUGGUAGGUCCCUUGAUGUUGGCUUCAAUCUGGCCAAUGGGGCGCAGUCUAAACCGAUCGAGGGACCUAUGCAUUUGACCCAGAGCUUCCUCUUUUGGCUCAUGCAUUCGGAACAAGCUAACAGUGUGUCCUCUGUGCAGCCAAGAGACUUACCUUCAGUGGAUUGUCUUGGUGAUUUCUUUCCAUUAUUCUUUCCCUUUUGUUAAUCCUUUCGUUAAUUUCCCCCUUUUCAGUUGUCUUCUUUCCCCCCCUUCUCCUUCUCUUUUCUAGUGGGGCUUUGCUCCACUGGGGCUCAGCCCCUGAGCGCUCCCGGUUGAGGAGCUUGCCGGCCCGCUCUUAUAGCGGCUGGUGUCCCUGUAAUUUGGCUGCGGUUGCAGCUUUGGAGUUUUUUCAGCUAACGUGACUUGGGCAAUUUGCGUUUGUCGCUCUUUGGGUGCUUUCGUUCAGCGCUUUGACUAAUUUUGCUGCAUCGAGAGUUCCCUCCUCGUUGCAAUAUUGAUUUCCGUGUGCCCUUUUGAGGAAAGGCUGGUUGGGUAUUUGUUUGAGGGCGGGAAACCCCCUUCUUUUCAUUCCGGCCUAGGUCCACGAAAGUUCAAAAUCAAAAAUCAGUGAGAGAGAUGCCUGAUAUAGCCAGGAAAAAGAUCAGGAAGGAACUAGUGUUGAGAAGGAUGGCUGGACCAUUUGAGUGCCCUCCUUACCCAGAUUUACACCUUUCCCCAUUGGGUGUGGUGCCCCUGGGGAAUUUCAUUUAUUUCACAAUUUAUCUUACCCAUGAAUUGAAUCAGAGUUUGUCCCCAUUGCUUUCCAUGCAAUGGAGCAGAAGGAAUCAAGGCGUCCGCACAGACUUCCGUGCCGGGGACAGUCUGGUUUGCAAGAAGCCCUUGUCAUCUGCUGACGUAUCUGUUCCAGUUCCUUUGCAAGUUCCUCCCCUGGGCUCAGCUUGCCAUCCCUGCAGGGACCCCCACUGGCCAAGGAUCCCUGGCACAGUCUCUGGAUUGACCUGUGCACCACGCCAAGAAGCGGCUGGGAACCGUAGCACGUGUCAUCCUUGCCUUUGCUCCUCUGAGGUUCCUGCGUGCUUUCGGAUAUCUGAACGUCAUGGAACGGGAUUUGGUCCCCAAAGAGACAUUCCAUCCACCCAUCAGGCAAAGGGAACAAAAGGAAAAAGGACAGUGUUACUCUAGAGGAGGAACUCUCCUGGGCUGAGCUUCUCCAGAAAGAACUACUGGAUGAAGAUGAUCCCAAGGACCUGACUUAUGAGUCUACCAUCUCUGAGACGGACAGCAAAGAAUACAAAUCUCAGAACGACACCGAUGUUAAUUUGGAGGUGGAGAAGAAAGAUGGAUUCUUGAUGCUGAAGGAAGACCCAGCUCAGCAGGAGGAUCCAAGGAAGGAAAAUGGUGCAGGGGAGGAGGCCCUGGACCCCCACUGCUCCAGGGACGGGAGUGAGCAGCCAGGCAAGGAGGUGCCUGACAGUGGCGGGGACAACCCGGGCGCGAAUCCCACCAGCCCUGCUCCGGAGAGCAUAAUGCUCCUGCCAUCCUGCGACCCCAGUGCUGAGAUGACCUCCAGUGACAACCCCCAGGACCAAUGGGUGAAUGUGAGCAGCCAAUAACGGCAACUGUCUCCUUUCCUGGCUGAGAUUGGCACUGCAACAUAGCAAGGUGACCAUUUCCGACUGUCUGCCCCCUUCCAGCAACCGGAUGCCCUCUUUUUGAUACGGAAAUGUCUUCUCUCUUUUUUGAAUUUGCAAUAAAGCCUUAAUUUUUCACAAAAAAAUUAAAAUUAUCUUACCCACAGGGUACAUCAGUAAAUGAUGCUAUCCCUCCUGAGUUGUGUUCUGUCAGGUAUGCCACCUUCGACCAAGCGGUCAAGCUGAUCAGGAGCUUUGGGAAGGGUGCACUUUGGCAAAGUGUGAUGUGGAAUCUGCGUUCCGCUUACUUCCUGUCCAUCCACUUGAUUUUAAGUUGCUUGGCUUCCAACUGGAUGGAGCGUAUUAUGUGGAUAAGGCCAUGCCAAUGGGCUGCUCUAUACCUCCGUGUCAGCAGGGUUAAGGGAUUGGUUACAGGUGUGAGUGGUUGGUGGCGAGCGCAGUGCUUGUGUGGCAGAUAGGCAUUGGUUCAGGUGAUAGGGAUGGGAGAGAGGUCUCGCCAUCCCUAUGUGAAGGGUAUUCCGUUAAGGAAUCCAGGGACUCAACUGGUUUGGUCAACCCCCAAGAGGGGGUUGUGCCCGUGCCUGAGUCCAGGGCGGCAACUGGGUGGUGAACAUAGUCUGUUCCCAGCUUUUCGCCUACCCAAGUGUUCACCCUUGGCUGACCUACGCUGGUGCCCUGGGUCAGUGCUGCCUACAAGGGUGCAGGGAGCCAGUCGAACCAGAGCCUAUGCAACCACUCACCUUCUGUAAUCAAUAAAGUUGUGGCCUAAAUUCUGCCAAAAACCAAAACUAAACUUUGAGUCAAGUGUGAAUUUGCUUAGGGGGGAGGUCUCUGGGUCUGAACCUGCAAAUGUAUUCCACUAAGAAUUUUUUUUUCAUUUGUACAACCAGCAUGGCAUUCUUUCUAUCUGAGAGUAAUUUGCUGGCCUCCUUACCUGGCCUGGCCUGACCCUGCCUAGCCUAUAAGAGAUAAUAGGAUAACAGCACAAGGUGGUUUGACUGCAAAGCAAUUCUCUGGUCCUGGAAAGGAGCCACAGAGAACACAAUCUAAAGUGAAAAACCAUUCUAGCCAGUGACACUUAUUUUCUUUCCCACAAGGCUUCCUCCUCUAAUCCCAGUAUAAUUAGUCGCUGUGGCAUCCAAUGGGGCAAAUGUAACUUCUCCUUCAGAAAUCCCCAUUUCUUUCAUCCAGAGAACCCACCCCUCGCUUUCCCUGGGGUUAUUAUGGGGCUCCCUACCCACCUUACCAACUUGUUCCCUGUGCCCUUCACCUCUUGCCUGCCUGCCUGCCACAGAUGUUUUGAAAAGUUUUGUCUCCUUCCUUCCUCGACGUUAUUCUCACCGACUCCCUGGUACCUUUUAAGCUUACGAUACGCUGCUUUGUUGUCUCCCCUCCUAGCGUCACUCUUUGAUUUCGCAGCCCCAAUAUGACAUCCUAAUCUUAGCUCCCUUCAGGAUGUUGGAGGAGAUGAUUGUCAAGAUAGCUCCUGGCAGCGAGCAGAUCGUGAGGAAGGCAGGCUGUGCUACGUGAGGGUGACGGGCAGCCCUUCAUUCCUCCCCUUCAGAUCUAUCUCUUAAUCUCUAUUGCUGUAGCAAAUGGGUAAGCAGACCAUCCUGAAAAGCAGCGUGGCUUGCAGUGCCCAUGUGGGAAACGUGCAUGUCGCAGGAAGCCUUAUCAGGCUGUGGCAUUUACUCUUCCGCUCCGCUUCCUCCUGCUGUCUCUUGUUUGUUCUUUGUAUUGUUGUUACUCAGAUAAUUAUUCACUACAUCCCCGAAGGGAUGACAUUUUGAUGCAGAUAACACUGCCUCUGCCGAGCAAUAUUGCACGUGCUGCUGCCGUUAGGCCGUAGCGAGGAUUCCCGAGGGAGGGAUCAGGAUCUGCCGGUGGGCCGCACAUCCCUUGGGUGGGUGGGUCGCCAGGAUGUCUGCUGUGACCACUGGGAACAAUGCAGCCUAGGGAGUUCCCAGAGAAAGAUACAGGCGUCAUCAGGCCCAUGCAGAGCGGUUGGGGCAGCCAGGUACACUUGCCCUGGGCCUUGGAGGCCUAAGCUGGCCGAGAGGUCCUGCCAGCUUAUGUAACCAGACUGGCUGCUUUUUUGUUUGAGUUUAUAACUUUAUUCCUAUGGGACUCCAGCCCUGGGCCUCAGGCAAGCUUUGCAAAGGCCUGGGCGUAAUGAUGAGUAACUUAGGCUCUAGUAAACUAGGUUAUGUGGGAGAGAUGUGGGAACUCUUAUCAGCUUGAGGGCCAUUUUGCCUUCCCUGUGACCUUCUGGGGCCACAUGUCAGUGGUGGGUGAGGCAAAUAAACACAGGUUUUGCCUUUGUACCGUUGGCUGUACAUCCACACCUGCUCUCUGUCCUUCAUCCAGGCAAGCGAGAAGCAUUAUCAGAGUUCAAGGACAGAUGAAAACAUUCAAGGAAGGUUCAAAGUAGAGCUGGUGAGGGGUGUAGUUCAGGAGGGUGUAUGGAUUUGGGAGAGUCCUGAGGACCAAACAGAGAAGGCUGGAGGGGCCAUGAGGUGCCCCAUCCCUGGAUGAGAUGUACGCAUGGUCAAAUGGGCCCGAGUGCAAGCAACACAACCAAUUGCUAGGGACGGUACAAUGUUUUAGGGGUUACCGUUGAAACGGUGCAUGCUUCGAGAUGUGUGUCUCCCAGCCCCUCACUAUUCUGGGAUGUGCCUCUUGCCGCACAUGCCGCCUCUGAGGGCAAUAAAAUGGCAUGGGCCAACUCUGGUAGGAGUCGCAUUCCUCUGCCAAUUUCACAGCAUGUCAUUGUGAUAACUGCUCUACCGGCACCAGUUCUUCUGCUGGAGAGUUGACAAGCAGCGGUGGUGGUGGGGAAUAGUACACACAGUGAGUGUUGAUAAAUUGUUGAGAUGUUCCAGUGCUACGGCAAUGGCCUCAUAAUUUAUGAUAACUAGGGAAGAGGUACGAAGUGGAGCUGUUGUGUAGGAUUCAUGGAAUGCCAAACAUUUGAUUGCUUUUCUACUUACGUUUUUUAUAUUAAAAAUACAGUUUAUCUGGGGCUGGCACCCUCUCUGUCAAGAUCUUCAACUUGUGUAUUUUAAGACUUUUUGUAAACGCCCAUGGGAACGUGGUCUCCAUUCUGUGGCAACUUGUAACCACCAGGUGAAGGCACUGUAUUUCCUCUGGUGUGGUAAGUUUGCUAUUAUAUUCCUUUGCAUUUGGGGGUUGUUAUUUUGGAUGUUGCAGUCUAAUUUCUCUUGGUGCUAUGAAAUAAUGUAUUUCCAUUGUAUUCCUGUUUACUUCAGUUGGCACGACAAAUACUACAUAUAACUUAUACCUCUCCUUUCCUCCAUUGAGUGCAAUAUGGUCACUAUUCCAAGGUGGUUUCAUAUCCAGGCACUGACUUAAGACUAGACCUGUUUAUCUUCUGCAAGAUUGCUGUAUGCAUGGGCAGAGCAUGCAAACAAACAAAUCUUCCCUCUCCUUUGCAGCAUGGAACCAACAAGGGGGGGAACCAGAAAAAUAAGCAGAGGAGUGUGUCCAGUGACAGCUCAGGCAUAGAUUCCUGCCUUCCUUCUUCACUCACCCUAUGCAUUUGGUUGUCACAGCUUUCACAGCCUGCUUCCUUUUCAUGCUAUAAACAAAAUGUACAGAGGUUAACAGAAUGCGGCAUAUUUGCUGCACAUGCUUACUGCUCAGUGAAGCAGAAUCAUAGCCAGCCACAAUACAGAACAAUGCAAUACACAAGUGGUAUGACUUGAAUGUUAGUACUCUGUUAAGAUCAAAGCAGGAGAGACACACAAACAUACACAUUGCCUUAGAGGAUUCUCUCCCAACCUGGAAGCAAACCCAUCGUUUGAUGGUAGCUAGGGGCUGGCUCUGGGUCUUAAUAAUUUCCUUUCAAAGAGCCAGGCAGAAGAUUACAUGACCUUGAUGGAAUAGUGGAAGAGACCAGGAACAGAAGGCAGAGAGGAUGGCAGGGGGAGGGCCAGGCAAAAGACAGAAUGUAUUUGUCGUUCUCGUGUUUUCUAAGCAAAAGCCUCCUGUUUGAAGCUGCAAGCUACCUCUGUGGCUACAGGAGGGUGUCUAGAGUAGGCCCAGGGCUCUACACCUGCCUGUGUGAGGAUGUGGCUGAGUUGCAUUUUCACAUACCCAAAUGUCGCCAAAGGUAUCUGCUAGCUUGCAGCUCUGAAAAGGGGCUAAGCAGUGCAGCGGCUUGCUAAUCCAGCUAGCACUCUCAAAGAUUAUAGAACCAAAUCUGGUAAUACUAUAUCAUGCAGGGGAAUCUGCAGCUGAAUUUCACGUGACCCAAUUCCCAUGAGUCUUGCAUUAAAAAUAAAGCGGCUGUAAAAAAGAAAAGAAAAGUGAGUGAUAAAUAUUUUAGUAGGGCUCCAGACACAUUUUCCUUGCAAAAUGGAUAUAAACUUUAAUCCAUUUAUUGGUUGGAAAAGUGAAAGGAAAUACUUUAAGGACUGCGUCCUCUGUUCUCUUGAAACUGUGUAAACUGAACAGAGAAUUAUGGUUUGUGGAAGAAUGUGGUAUAAGGCAUCUACUGAAAAAAUGGGGUUGAUACAGCCAUGUUACUGAAGAAGUAAACAAGGGGUAAAAGUUAGGGCUGAUGCAAUACAUUUUGGCACCUACAAAAUGGUGCCCCCCCCCCAAUUUUGGUGAGUGAAGAUCUACACUGGGAACAAUGGGGAGAAUCAAGUCAACCUUACCUGACAAUUGAAUUGGGAUUCAAGGCCAUUGUUGGAGGAAAGGAGCCCACUCUGGAUCACACUUGGCUGGUGCAGAAGACCCCAGAGGGCAGUCCCUGCCAUUUCCUCCCUAGAGUGUGGGAAGAAACCAGCAGUGCCUCCUAUUUACCAAGAGACCACUGUAGAGGCAGCAUUGGGUGGGCGUUACCAAGGCGGCGGCAGAUCUGACUUCCAACGAGCGUGUGAUGCGUUUCUUUGAGGCAAGAUCUGUCGCCCCUGUGAAUCCUGCCGCCUGAGGUGAUCGGCUCACCUUGCCUCAUGGGUAGGCCAGCCCUCGUAAAAAUGUAUGAGUAGCCUGAAAUUAACAUAACAGGAUAGUUAUAGCUGUAACAUGAUUUGCUUUUUGCAUAUAGCUGCUAAACAACAGUAUAUUUUCAGUUUACUAAAGCCCCCAAUACUAGGGUUCCCAUAUUUCAAAAAGGGGAAAUCUGGACAGAAAAGUUGCUGAGGGUUUUGGUUAUUUUUGGUGUGUUUUUUUUUGCAAAAGAAAUUGGACAUUUUUGAGCCAUUCCUGAGGAAAACUGGCAAAAACAACACUGCCAUCAUACAUCCGGAUUUUCCUGGACAUUUUCUGCUCUGACACUGCUUUAUUGAAUUUUAUAACAAAUAAUGAUACAAAUCUCAUUCAUCAUGUUAUAUACAAUUAUCCUUCCUCCCCUCCUCUGGACUUCCCUCAACUCCCCCUCUGCUGAGUUAUUUAGUUUUAUUUAUUGUAUCCUGCUUUUCCUACACAAAAAUAAAAUCCCUUAUCAUUUCUCUAAAAUAUCUGUUACUCAAAUGAAAUUGUGAACGUUUAUUCAAAUCCUGCCAGUGAAUCCAGUCCAUUCUGUUGUUUCUGCAGAAAAACUGUAAAUGGUUUCCAGACUCUUUUGAAGUCCUUUUUGUCCUUCUCUCGUAGUUUGUCUGUUAGCUUAGCCAAUUCUGCAUAGUUCAUCAGUUUUUCUUGCCAUUGUUCCUUUGAUGGUAUUUCUUCUGUCUUCCAGUAUUGUGCAAUCAAGAUUCUUGCUCCUAUUGUAGCAUACAUAAAUAAUGUCCAUUUUUCUUUUGGUAACUCUUGAUUUGAGAUACCUAACAAAAAGGCUUCAGGAUGUUUAACAAAAUUCAUUUUAAACAUUUUUUUCAAUUCAUUGUAUAUCAUUCCCCAAUAUUUUUUAAUGCAUUUGCAUUCCCAGCACAUAGAUAAAAUGUUCCUUCCUUUUCCUUACAUCUGCCCGGAGACUGCUUAAGGCUGCAGUAUUCUGGAUAUGUCCAGGAAAUUCUGGACAUAUUGCAACCCUGCAAUACAUUUGUGGAUUAUUAACAGAGCUGAGACAACGACAACAACGACUACUACUACUACUAAUUUUUAUUAUUUGUACCCUGCCCAUCUGACUGGGUUGCCCCAGCCAUUCUGGGCGGCUUCCAACAAAGUAUUAAAACACAGUGAGACAUCAAACAUUAAAAAUUUCCCUAUACUAACCCGCAAUGAUGUCCCUUCGUGAUGACACCAUAGAGUCCUUUUCAUCAGAUGCAUGAAGUGUAAAGUGACAGCAAUAAGGGAUUGCACCUAAUCCAAAAAACUAGUAAAAAUUAGCUGUGGAAAACCCACCUAAGAGGGUACAAACUCUAGCCCCAAAAUCUAAAUUAUUUUGAUGUUUACUGUGUCUGAUGCAUUUCUGGUUUAUCACAAAGUAAGAGGAAACUGUGAGUGCAAGAGCAUAAUUCAGAGUCAAUCCUCAGAGUCUUUGUUUUGGUUUGACAUGUCCCUCCCUGCCCUGCAUUCAUAAUACAUCUAAAUGACAGCCCUUUGGAAUGAGCUUUAUAGAGCAGCUACACUUAAUAGAAGGGUUUGGCUAGUUCCUGUCUCUAUUCCUUUGUUUUCACUUUUGGAAUGAUAAUCUGAUUAGGUGAGGCUACUACCUUCCCUGAAAAGCUGGCUCGGUGCCUGACACCUCAACUCAAAGGCCUAGAAUUCUUCAAAAGCGCUUAGCAUACAUCGCAGGUUACGGUUAUCUUCUAUAAGAAACUUUCCACUAAACUCCCAACCUGUCGUACAGUUGCCAAAGGAGGAAGAGAAACAAAGAGAAUAUCCAGUGAAGUGUGGAAAACAGAAAACUUCUCUUUGCUAUAUAUCAGAUCUAUGAAACCAGAUUAAUACAACAGCUGUUCAAAAACCACUGGAUGCCCCAGAGACUAAGAAUUCAGCCCCCUCCCAUACUGGCAGUGUGGUCAUCAAGAAAGUACUUUAGGGUACUUGAUGUUGAAUUACCCAACAGUGUGUGCUUUGGGUGUGGAGUGUAUGUUUGAAUUUUAGAAUCAUGUUGUCUUUUCACGUGUGAGCUGCAACCCUAUUAAACACUGGCAUUCCUAGCGUGCAGAACUAAGAUACAUGUCAUAUCCGGCUAAUUUUUCAGAGCUGGAAGAUAUGGACACCUUCAGUCAUUCACCAGAACACAGAGGAUCUGAUUAAUUUUUCCAUUUAUGGUGGUAGACAACACUUAUCGGUAUUUAAAUGAGCCCUCUGUUUGAAGGCCCGUCGAGCCCAAGUCCAAUGUAAUGGCGAAAGACAAGAAGGAGGGAAGCCACCUGGUCACAGUCUUCCCACCAUGGUGAGUUGUAUUUCCAUUCAAAUUAUAUGUAGGAAUUUAGAUUUGCACUGUUGUGAUCUGUCUUCCCUCUCCUUCCCCCAUUCUCCUGACACCUCAGAGCUCGGGGGGAAUUCGGAAGAAAGGUCCAUUGCAUUGUGCCGGCUCCCACUAGGGCGGAAACUGACCCAAAUUCAUUAUUUUAUCAUUUGUGCCUGUGCAUGUUGAAUCAGCAUAUGUGAAUAUGAAGGAAAUCUGUGUCAUAUCUGUCCUGGUGCAACCAGUUCCCCCCUCUCCUUUCCCUGCAUGCUCCCCUAUGCCGUUGAAACUAGCUCUAGGAAGGCUCAGGAGAACCCCCAGAACAGCACACAGAUGGAGGAAAGGUGGGAUUCUUUUGUCUGGCCAGCUGGGAUGCUUGUGCUGAUAAAACAGAAGAGUGUGACAUCGGAUUCCUCUGUUAUUGUAGCAUAUGAACUGGUCAUAUAAACUCCUCUUCCUGGGUUUCUGUUGGUCACAGCUUAGGUUAUUUUACUUGUCAACAGAGAGAUACUAUGAGCAGUUUAUCAGCUGGGCUUUCUUCCCCUCUCCCCCCCUCCCUUCUUCCUGAAAAUUGCAGCCUGUUUCCUUAGCCUCUAUUUUUGCAGACACCCCACUGUCUUUCCCCCAUGCUAUAAUGCUUUUUUAAACUUAUAAUUGCCUUGCACAAUCAACUCUUUUGAAAAUCAAGGUACAGUUGAGCUUGCAUGCAUAUGAUACCUUUAAAUUACAUUCAAAGCACACCCACAUCCACCCAUCCAGAAUUCUGGGCACUGUAGUUUGUUCAGGAUUGAUGGGAAUUCUGUAAGAGGUAAACUGCAGUGCCUACAAUAGAAGGUACUCAGACUGAUUCUUUGAAACCUGAUGAGAGUUUGGGAAGUUGUCUGUAAUUUGCCAUGGUCCACUGUUUUUGAAAUAUUGUGUAGGGCAGUCCUGGUCAGACUGACCUCAGGCCUGCUGUGUCAAGCUGGUCCGAGUAGGAACUCCUCUUUCUGCUUCUAGCUUUUCUCUGGGGGGUUGGGGAGACACACUCAGCUACUUUAAAUUCUUUACUUUCUCCACUGAUGUCCAUGCUUAGCUAAUCAACAUAUAUGUCAUUCACCAGCCAUCCUGCAUUGCAGGUCACAAAAGACUCCUUUAAUGUUUGAAUGUUUUGGGAGAAAACGUUUGAGUCUGUGACAUUAGGAGUUUUUAAGUACAGCACUUAGUAGCCAUUAACUCUUUCCCCACUUAUUAUUAAUUAUUAUUGAUUGAGUUUAUAUACCACCCUAUAUUGGGGCGGUUCACAGAAUAAAAUCAAAAUAUAAAACCACAGAAUACAUAAUCAAAUUAAAAACAACAACCCAUUAACCCCACCCCCCCACCCCACAUUUUAAAAGGGCAUAGGAUGUCAAUCAAAUCAACCAAAGGCCUGGUUAAAAAGGAACGUUUUUGCCAGGCACACAAAGGUGCAUAAAGGCGAACUUCCCUGGGGAGAGCAUUCCACGGGGAGCCACUGCAGAUAAAGCCUGUUCUCAUGUUGCCACCCUCCGGACCUCCGCACACAAAGAAGGGCCUCAGAAGAUGAUGUCAGGGUCUGGGUAUGGGAAGAGGCGGUCCUGGAGGUAUUGUGGCCCCGAGCUGUUUAAGGCUUUAUAGUCAAAACCAGCACUUUGAAUGAGGCCCAGGCCUGUGCAGUCAGACCAGGAUUGGUGUAAUAUGCUCAAACCAUCUUGCUCCGGUGAGCAACCUUACUGCUGAAUUCUGCACUAGCUGAAGUUUCCGAACCAUCUUCAGAGGCAGCCCGAUGUAUAACACAUUGCCAUAAUCUAACCUUGAAGUUACCAGAGCAUAGACAACAGUAGUUAGGCUAUCCCUGUCCAGAUAGGGGCGUAGCUAGGCCACCAUCCGAAGCUGAUGGAAGGCACUCUGGGCCACUGAGGCCACCUCAGCCCUUGAGUGUCAGCAAAGGAUCCAGGAGUAGCCCCAAGCUAUGAACUUGCUCCUUCAGAGGAAGUGUAACCCCAUCAAGAGCAGGCAACCACCCACCCAUUAGGUCUAGGGAACCACCCACUAACAGUGCCUCAGUCUUAUCUGGACCGAGCUUCAGUUUGUUGGCUCUCAUCAGGUCCAUUACUGAGGCAAGACACAGGUCCAGCAGUUCCACUGCCCCACCUGCAGAUGUAAAGGAGAAAUAGAGCUGAGUGUCAUCAGCAUACUGCUGACAACGUUGCCUCAUUUUGGCUCAUUGGAUGGCUUCCGCCCACUGAGUUUGUCCAGUCCUGUUCCGACAGGUCUCUUCAUCUGGUGCAAACUUACUGCUGCUUCCUCUCUGUCUCCAGUUUGUGUAGGAGGUGUUCGUCUUUCUUAACUUGUGCUGACUUCAGUGUGUGCCCAAACAUGUACUGAUAACCCACUUUAGGACUCAAACUCUCCUGCGAUUAUUUAUGCACCGAGAUGUCUUUGUUGUUGUUGUUGUUAAUGGAAGCAUGUAGACAUCUGAAGGGUGUGGAGUGGGGGCUGUUAUUUAAGGCAGAUGAAGCAACGUGUGUUUUUUUUUCAUUUUCAUCCAAAAGCUGACUCAAGCUACUGCAUAAUAGACAAUAUGUCAAGUAUGGAGCAUUUCUCAGAAAAGACAUUCCUGGGGCUGAGUUUGUCACUGGGAAAUGAAUCUGAAAGAGGAAGGGGGACACCCAAAAAAACCACAACCAAUGGUCUAUGUUGCAGAUAUUUGAAACAAGGAAAGACCGGCCACUCUUUUGUGAAAGAUAGCAAAGUUUCAAACAGAGGCAGACGAAAAAGGUAAAAUUCCCUCCAGUUCAGGUCUGAAUAUCUGGGACUUGGGGCGCUUCCAGAUAUUGGAUUUUCCACCGUCUCCUUCCACCUGCACACACUGAAAAGACUCUCCUCAGAAACGUGUUGUGCGGCAGCUACAGAGUGGGGAUGAGGAAAUUUUAGUUAUUCUUAUUUAUAGAACGCUUUUCAUCAUGGAUAGUCACGAAGUGGUUUACACAACAAUCAAUGAAACAAAUCUGUCAACCAAAAUAAUAUGGUGUUUAAACAGGACUUUUUCAGCUGGAACUCACCAGAACUCAAUUCUAGCAUCUCUCAGGUGGCAUUAUAAGAUAACAAGGGAGGCGUUCAUGGUGAUUUCCAGUGCCUUGUUUUCUAAAAAAAUAACACUGGGGAAAACUUUCUGACAAUAAGAACUGUUUGACAGUGGGAUUGACUCCCUUCAAAGGUGGUGGACUCUCCUUGGAGGUUGUAAAGCAGAGGCCGGAUGGCCAUGUCAUGUGUGCUUUAGUUGAAAUUCCUGCAUUGCAGGGGAUUGGAAUAGAUGACCCUCGGGGUCUCUCCCAACUCUAUGAUUUAAAGCACAUGGUUUCUCCCAAAGAAUCUUCUGUUCAUUAAGGGUGCUGGGAAGUGUGUCUAUGUGAACUACAAUUCCCAGGAUUCUUUGGAGGAGACACCUGUGCUAAAUCUGCAUCUAACGUGCUUUAAAUGUGGGAUGUGAAUCUGCUUGAGUCGCUUUUAAUUAGACAUCAAAUGGGUGGCAACAUUGUUAAACAACCAGGAAAUGUUGUCUUAAAUGGUUUAUAAUAAUGAUCUAAUGAAUUUACAUUUGAAUCAUCACAUUCUGAAAUUUCAAAUCAAUGUAUUAUAUAUAUAUAUAUAUAUAUUCAAAAAUCUUACAUUGCAAAGCCCCCACCCCCACCCCAUCCUGAGGCUGUUUUUAGCAUGCUGGAGAUGUAAUCCAUGUGACCUAAGAAUAUUAUUUUCAGGAUGUACAAACUGCCAUUAUUAUUAUUUACAUGAAACAAGAUUCUGUUCCUCAUGAAGGUACGUUUCCUCCACUGAUGCUCUUGGAAGCUAUGCAAAGCUGCUAUCUUAGCCGGAACACUUCCUCCAAGGGAGAGGCCUCUUUUACUUGUAGGUCAAUGAAGACGCAUGCUUGUUAAGCUAGAUGAGUGCUAUUAUCCAAGUCUAUCAGCAGUGAAAGCGGAGGAAUGAGUGCUGAGAGCAAAAGCCAAAUUAUGAUGCUUCUCAUUAUGAGACUGAAUAGCUCCUGCCCACACAUUACCUGGCUUUCACCACCAUCAUUAGUGCCUUGUCUUCAUGGGAACUAACUUCCUCUCCAAGUUUUAGGUAACAGAUGAUCUAACCAGUUGAGUGACUGGGCACACCCUUCAGGGCAGAACAAGAAAGGCUUUCUCUUCUGCUUAGCUGCUGUCAUCAUAGAUCUACAACUGACUGACACAUAACAAACAUGCAAUAGCAUUUUAUUUGUUUCAGGAAUUUUUACCCUGGCUCUUCAGGAAAAUAAAAAGAAGGAGGAAGGGGGGGUGCCUCUCGGAGUAGCUUACUAAUCAAUAAAAGCAAGACAACCUCUACCCACAGUUUUACAAUCUAAAAUAAAUGACACGAAAGGAAAAUGGAUUGGGAAGGAAGAAGAAAUAAGCAAACUCAGGUACCACUUUCUUGUUACAAAUCCUUGUUCUUUUAAUACUAAAUUUCAUCUGCCUCUCACUUUUAUUUUUUUAAAAAAGGUUUCAGAACGACUUGACAAUAUAAAAUGCAGCAUACAAAAACAAGUUAAAGCCAGGAAAAUUCAAAAUGAUGACAGAUUAACAUAAAAUCCUCAUCCACCAAUAUAUUAAUAAGGACCAAGACCAGGGGUCAGCAAACUUUUUCAGCACAGGGCCGGUCCACUGUCCCUCAGACCUCAGACUAUAUUUUGAAAAAAAAAGAAAAGAACAAAUUCCUAUGCCCCACAAAUAACCCAGAGAUGCAUUUUAAAUAAAAGCACACAUUCUACUCAUGUAAAAACAUGCUGAUUCCCAGACUGUCCGCGGGCCGGAUUUAGAAGGCGAUUUGGCCGGAUCCGGCCCCCGGGCCUUUGCCUACCCAUGGACUAAACCUACCUACCCACCCCACUGAAAGAUGAGCACCAUCAUGGGAGGCAGCAUUAAUGACAGAGGCAGAUUUGGGGGGCAUAGAGGUUUGGGGGUGCUGCCAGGGACGCCAAAACUAUUAUUUAGAAUGGAGUGCGAGAGGUGGAGGGGCACCAAAUUUUACUGCCACACUGUCUCUGAAUGGACCUGCAUCCCUUCCUUUGCUACAUCCUGAUGGGGUACAGCUGCUGGAGGGAAGAUCCUGGUUCUCCAGCAGAGCUGAUGGUAGCCCUGCAUCUGUUUUCUUUUCUUCUUGGAGUGACUGGGUUGGAUCCAGCAAAGUUCUGAUCUGAACAGACUUAAGUUAGUCAUGCCCACGAAUUUCACUGGAUCUACUCAGAACAGUAAGAGCUGUUCGACAGUGGAAUUUUCUGCCAAGGAGUGUGGUGGAGUCUCCUUCUUUGGAGGUCUUUAAGCAGAGGCUUGACAACCAUAUGUCAGGAGUGCUCUGGUGGUGUUUCCUGCUUGGCAGGGGGUUGGACUCGAUGGCCCUUGUGGUCUCUUCCAACUCUAUGAUUUUAUGAUUCUGCUCUGACUAACAUUAGAUACCAGAUAAUGAGGAUGAUGAUGAUGAUGAUAAUAAUACAGAAAAGGGCAGCAGCAAAAAUGCAAAUGGUAGAACACGGAGGCAAAAUUCUACUUUCUUGCCUUAUUGUCAGCCUCCAUUUUGUGUGUGUCAGAGUUUGUCCUUUUCUCCAUUUGAGCAAGGCUUCCAUUUUCUUUAUAUAAAAAAGGCUUCUUGACUUUGCUGUUCAUAUUAUAUUACGCUGUCAGAAAAGGAGGAGGUUAUGAUAUUUGUAUCUGAUGUUUGGUAGGGCCAGAUAGUUCUGCCAUGGCUUUGCAUCUUGAGCUUGUUUAGUGAGUACACAAUACAUUUUUCAUCUAUGGAUGCAAUGUCAUGAGCCUGAUGCACAGUUUGCCCAUCUCUGUUUGGCCUAUGCAUGUGCUAGAUACUUCUUAUCAGGGGGGAGCCACCUCGAAAGAAGAUCUGAUCAUGCUCCUAGCAAGGCCUGAGGGUGUUGACAAGGAAGAGGAACAAGAGGAGAAGGUAGUCUUUCAAUGAAAGGAAGGAAGGAGGGUGUGAAACCACUUUAUUGAAUCGUUAUUCCUUGGGUAAUAAGCAUGCUCACUGCAACUCUUGCUUAUUGUGUAAAUCAAUAAACUAGUAUUACUUCAUGUAUCUACUAAAGUAGACUCCAUUCUAAAAAGCAUGUCCCAUAAUACAUUUGUGAGUCUUUAAGAUAAUACAAGACUCUUCAUUGUUUUUGCAUUUAACUUGCAGGAGAGAACUGGAAGAAUAAAACUUCCAUUUGUGGUAGCUGCUCAGGCAGACACUUUUUGAAACUGGGCAUGAUAUUGUGGUUUACUGCUGAUGAUAAUACUGCAUUCUGGUUGGUCUCUUGGGAUUCACAGAAAGCACACCUCUUAGUAGUAGAGAAAAGUUUGUUUUAAAUAACCUACAGGUGUACGUUUUGGGCUGUGCAACCAAUCAGGCUGAAUUCCAACCCAAAUCGGAAUAAUUUGGACUGAAUUGGGGCUCUUGUGGAUUGGCAGUCCUGGAUCACCUUGGAAAAAAAGGAGGGGGAAGAUAUUAAACAUGCAGUGGGGCGGUGAGCAAGGAGAAGAAGAUGACGCAGGUGAGACUCUCUGUCUGCAUCAUAGAUUACUUCGCCUCCACCCUGCCUGAUCCCAAGGUUGUGUAAGGUCCAAAUUUAGUUUGAGGCUUGGAGCAAUCAGGCCUGAAUUGAGGCCCAAUCAGGACCACCAAAUUCAGCCUUGCCUGAACCCAGUUGGUGCUUUGUACAUGCUGUGUACAUGUUCUUAGUAUAGAGGUGUCAAAGAUCCAUCUAUACAGUGGUACCUCGGGUUACAUACGCUUCAGGUUACAGACUCCGCUAACCCAGAAAUAGUGCUUCAGGUUAAGAACUUUGCUUCAGGAUGAGAACAGAAAUCGUGCUACGGCGGCGCAGCAGCAGCAGGAGGCCCCAUUAGCUAAAGGGGUGCUUCAGGUUAAGAACAGUUUCAGGUUAAGAACAGACCUCUGGAACGAAUUAAGUACUUAACCUGAGGUACCACUGUACUUUAACUAAUAGUUUUAAAUCCUUCCAACUCUACAACUCUAUGAUUCUAUGAAAAUACACCAUUGGUUUUGAGUCCCCUCCCCAUACAAAUUGUUAAUUGUAACUGUAAACAAUUUCAGUCAAAUUUAAACACACCUAGGCCUGAAUGGUUGUGUUUAUCAAUAUCUCUCAGUUCCAUUGUAAUGUUGUGGCAAAGUGCUGUUAACACAGUUCUUGCAUGAAAUUAUAAUAUAGGAUGGCUUUUAACAUCUCCAUCUCUGUUCAUCUGCUGGGAAGCUCACAUGGGCCAAGCCUACAGAAGCUCCCAUGAAUCGGUUCAUUUUGAGAGGACUUCUGUGUGGGAGAGCACCUUGGAGGGUUGUGUGGAAGAGUCCCCUUAUACCAGGGGGGCUGAGCGUUUUUCAGCCCAAGGGCCCUCCCUACUCUCACCUCUCUGUCCCCCAUCUAGACAAGCAAGAGGCAUAUCAGAGUUCAGGUACACAUUUCAGCCAGGCAAAAACACUUGGGGUGAGAAGCAGGGUCAGUGCAGGAUGAGGCCUGGGAAUUGUUCCAAGGGUCAGAUAGAGGUCCAGAGGUCCAUAUUUGGGCUUCGCACUGAGGUUCCCCACUCCUGCUGUAUGCCAUUGAUUCUCUGAUUUCUGGUGGUGAUGCCUUAGUACUCUUUUGAAAAAGACAUGGAAUUGUUUGCAAUGAGUGUUUGGGGUAGGAUCAUGUCAGUACUUUAGCCUGUACUUGGUUCCACCCGCGUUCCUACUUUUUUUGUCAAUUGGUUUAAAGAUGGUUAUGAACUAUUGAAUAUCAUCUGAAGACGAGCAAGGUUGAAAAGUCUAAAUAAAUAAGUGUACGGUAAGAGUAGGAGUCAAUGUAAUUAAGUUUCUGUAGGGUUAUAAGGGGAUAAAUUCUGCAAUGCAAUGGUUAUUGAGCUAAUGCUCUAACACAGUUGAACAAUUAGGGUGUGUGCUCCUAUUAUUUUACUUAAGCAAAGUAUAAUACCACACCCUGAAGUAAUGUUGCAAGUUCUUGAGAACUAGCAAUGUCUGGCCAGCAUGUCCACACACGUUUAUACUUGUUAAAAUACCAUCCUCCUCCUGUCUCUUUGGCCCAUGAGAACAUGUUUAGUGACCCACUUGUUGGUUAGGUUCCAUAUAUUUUAUUGCCUUUCCAGACUGUUUUUCUGUUUUCUUAAGCUGUCACAUUAGUGAUGAUUAACAAAACAAAACAGAGAAUUUAGUGUUGUAAAUCACGACAUAGCUUGUUUGGAAGUUUCUUAAUGUGAAGAUUUGGACUGGCGAUGACAGUAAUGGCCUGACCCCAUUGUUUGAUCAAGCAAAUGACUGCUUAGAAUUGAGGUAUACCGGCUACUGCACCAAAAUAAGGGCAAAAAUUAUAAAGUUAUAGCAAGGGACUGAUUUCCUGGCACAAAUAUUUAAGAUAACAAGAACUGCUUUGUGGGAGCAAACCAUUUCUCUCAGCAUUUUGUCUCCAGCAAUGGACAGCUGGAUUCCUCUGGGAUCUUCAUGAGCAACGUAUAGGAGUACUAUGGUAAUAAACCAGGGGACACCUGGCUUACUAGCAGCACUUGUGAAAAGGAUCUAGGGGUCUUGGUGGACCACAAGCUCAAUGUGAGUCAACAGUGUGAUGCUGCAGCAGCAAAAAAAAAAGCUGACACUUCUAGGCUGCAUCAACUGAACUGUAGUGUCCAGAUCAAGGGAAGUAAUGACUGCUCUCUGCAUCAAAUGGAGGGCACCCUUUGCGUGCCCGUGUGCAGCAUCCCCGAUCCUACGUGACUCCUGGCAGAGUCCUCCUGGACUGCCUCUAUUUUGCCUUAGUCAGACCACACCUGGAAUACAGUGUCCAAUUCUGGGUGCCACAAUUUCAGGAUGUUGACAAGCUGGAACGUGUGCAACUAGGAUGAUGAAGGGUCUAGAAGCCAAGCCUUAUGAGGAACGGUUGAAGGAGCUGGGUAUGUUUAGCAUGGAAAAGAGAAGACUUGAGAGGAGAUAUGAUAGCCAUCUUCAAAUAUCUCAAGGGCUGUCACAUGGAAGAGGGAACAUGCUUGUUUUCUUCUCCUCUGGAAGGUAGGACUCAAACCAAUGGCUUCAAAUUACAAGAAAGGAGAUUCCAGCUAAACAUUCAGAAAAAGCUUUCUGACAGUAAGAGCUGUGUGACAGUUGAACAGUCUAUUGGGAGGUUGUGGACUCUCAUUCCUUGGAGGUUUUUAAGCAGAGAUUGGACAGCCAUCUGUCAUGGAUGCUUUAGCUGAGAUUCCUGCAUUGCAGGGAGUUGGACUAGAUGACCCUUACGGUCCCUUCCAGCUUAAUAGUCUAUUAUUCUAUGAAUUACGCACUAUACUCCAAGUGUGGAUGGACAUCUUCAUAGAGUUGUCCACCAUGAUCCCAUAGUCUUGUUCCUGGUCAGACAUUGCCUGUUCAGACCCCAUGAACAUAUAUGUGACAUUUAUUAAGCUAGCUUCCUGUAAUUUCCAGGAACCCCUCUGGAUCCCUUUUUAAAAAAAUGGUGUUAUAUUGGCCACUUUCCAAUCCUCUGGUAUGAAGACUAAUCUGAGUGACAUGUUACAUAUUUUUGUACAUAUAUCAAAUUCCACAUUUGAGGUUGUUUUUUUAAGAAAUCUCGAGUGGAUGCCGCCUGGAACCGGAGACGCGACAGUUUUUAUUUUGUCUAUUAGACCUAGAGCUUUGUCUCUUAUCGCCACUAUUUGCCUCAGUUCCUCAUACUCCCUUCCUGCAAAGUCUAGUUAGGCACAGCAUUCUGCCAUAUAUCUUCUGCAGUGAAGACAGACACAAAUAAUUUAUUUAGCUUUUCUGCAAUCCCCUUAUCUUCUAUUAGCACAUAUUUGACUCCCAUGUGAUCCAAGGGUCCAACUGCUUCCUUAGCUGUUCUCUUGUGUGCCCCCCCUCCAUAUUUCACACUGCACUAUUUGCAAGUUCAACUUUCAGUAACAGCAGAUUUAGCUGUGCUUUAAAACUGGGCUUAUGCUUUAUAUAUGAAAGCUUCCCCCACUCUCUCUCUAAGGAAUAUUUAUUGAUGGGCAGCUAUAUAAAUUUAAAUUAAAUGCAUAGCCCGAAUUAAAGAUUUGUUCACCUUUUUUCUCCAAACUAGUUUUCCUAGUCUCACCUCAUUUUACUGAUUUUGUUGAUGCCCCUGACUUCUGCUAUAUUUUCUGUUAUUUCUUUUCAGGGUUAUAUAAUGACCCAAAGGCUUUAGCCGGCGCUUGUUGAGAUGAUGCUUCACGGUGCCCUUGAUCCUUUCAGUUGCCCUCUCUGUAACUUUUGAACAUCUAUGAAACUGUCUCAGUCUAUUGUCCAGUGUUCUCUUCUGACCAUCUGUACAUUUCCAAGAUCCAAAGUUCUUUCUUAGCCCUGUUGCUCUUUACCUGGAGAAGUCUGGGAAUGAACGCAGGGCCUUAUGCAUGGAGCUGUAUCACCAAGCCCACUUUUUGCUAGCUUUUUGGUAGCUUUUGGAACAAAAUAACCAGAAAUGUACACUACUCUAAUUUUUCUGCUCUGUAGAUUUUUCCAAUAAUGACAUUAUAUUUAUUUCUGCUCUCUUUCAUUGUGAUAACCUUUAAUACUGGGUUCGCCUUAUGCAAGGAGUUCUCUAAUAUGUAGCUCUCCCGUUUUGCAUAACUGGCAACAAUAAAAUGUGUUGUGGACUAAGCCAUAGCUCCUAUUGCAGAAUAGCAUUUUAUCUUUGUGCUUUUAAAACUAAUGUACGUUCCUAAUUAUAUAACUUCCUGUUCCUAUGAAUGAUUUCCUCACAGCACUAUUUGCACAAGCUAGCAAUUUACUUUUAAACUGAAACUAGUCUUCAGCUGUGGAAUAUAUUGUAAGAAAAUCAUCAGAGUCCUGAAUUUCUAAGUUCAGGAGAAACUUCUUUUGAGAUGUAAAUAGAUGAAACUUCAUUAGAAUUGAGGCGUAAGGUUUUGACACCUUACACAGAAAAAAGAAAAAGAAAAACCCAGAAGAAAUACAAAAGGGAGAAUUACCCCUGCUCCUGUGAGUCUCCUGGUUAGCCUUCAUUUGGCACUGCUCCAUGAACACCAUCAGUCAGAGGACAAAGGGUCAUUGGGAACUUGUACUUCCUAACUCCCAGGAAGAAUGUCACAUCAAAGGGAAAACCAACUUGGCACCCUACCCAUUGCCCAGAGAAGGUCUGCUCCAUCUGCCAGUUGUCCUAGGAUUGCAGAGCAGACGAGAAGCUCGCUCUGGCCAUUGCCAUCAGCAGAGGACUAAGGGCUGCUGGUUUGUUUGUGUGUACGUCUGUAGUUCUGCUUGCAUGUGUUUUCUCUGUUUUGUACUGUUUCAGUCUGCCUUGUUGGUUCAAUUCAGAAAGCAGAGUAGUAUAAAACUUCCAAAUGAAUAAAUCAAGCAGGUGUGCCUGUAGCCAGGCUCAUGUUCCAUUUCUUAACUGGGAUCAUCAGUCAUUUCAACUGCAGUGCACUCUUUAGGAACCCACAACCCUGUGUAUGCUGGUGAACAUCAUCACAUCAAGGGUCCUUCUGUUGCAUGUAUGGCUUGUUGGACAUUCACUGCCAAUAGUGCCUUCAGGUUUUGCUCCUGGCGUUAGGCAGAAUGAGGCAGAGGCAGCCACCUCAAGCAGCUGAUUUUGGGUGUCACAAAAGAGAUGAAAACCAUUAGGUUUUUUUAUACUGUUGGGGAAGUGUUUGUGGAUUUUAUUUCUGCCUCAGGUGCCCAAAUCAGUUUGCUGGCCUUUAGGACUAUAACCCCCCCCCCCCGUGUGUGUGUGUGUGUGUGUGUGUGUGUGUAGGCCCCAUUUGCCAGUCUGCCUCAGGCAGCUGAGUGCCCUAGGCUGGUCCUUUCUAAUUUGUGUUCCUUCUCCAGAACAAAUACACACAACAAAUUUCACACCUGGCAAUGUAUAUUACAUGCACACUUUCUCCCCCUGCAUACAUACUGAAAAAGUAUUGGAGUGAGCCUAUAUUUUAUGUGGCAAUGCAUUACAAUGUUUUUUUCUCCCCUCUGCAGUAAAAGUGUAAAAUGUGAGUGGCAGCCGUGCCUUAUUGAAUACCCAUGAUAAAUGUGCUUAUGAGCUCUGUUUGGGCCACAGAUCUCUAGUGCAUGUGAAUGAUGCGCCUCUGCCAUUCAUACUUCCAGCUUGCUUUGGGAAGCGUUACCCCAUUGUGAGCACAAUUGUUGAAUGAAGUGUAGACCUUGCAGGUACAACCAGCAAGAAGGAAGAGUAGCUUUUGCGUCCCAAUAUAAAGCCCUGCAUUGGUUUGAGGUGUGUUGCAGGAGAUUUUUUACCCUACAUUCGUAAGGGGACUGUAUUGCUUAAAGGACCAUUUAAUGAGGAUUUUUUUGGGAAGGUUUGGGGAGCCUUUCCUAUAAAUUACUAGUAAGCUCACUGAAAUGUCUGACUCUGGAGCCUGGCAAUCAUGUGUGAUCAGCCACGUGAAUGAAGAACUCCAGGGAUCAAAAAAAGAAUCACAGGAACAGUUUGUGAAUUAUUUACAGGCUCUCUAAAAUCAGUCGCUGAAUAAUUGAACAUGAUGAACAAAGUCAUUAAAAAAGUGCAGAUUCUCUUAGUAAAUUUAUGAAUGGAAAAAGCAAAUGGAUAAAGCUGUUUAAUAAAUCACCUGGUGCGAGCAGUUGAACCAGUUCUGGUUCCACUUCUACGAGAGGGAAGGGGUGGCGGUGAGUUGUUUCAGUUGAGUUGUUCAGUGCCAAUGGAUAGUUAAGAAAACUUGUUGUUUAUUGCUUUUAAAAAUAAUCAAACUUCAGAAGGUGAAGUUGCUUUAAACAUAGUUCUUGAGUACUUCUCUGACACCUUCAGAAAAUGCUUAUUAGUUGGACGAACACCAGCCCUUUCCAGUAGCCAAGUGACUGACAGUACCAGCAGUGUGGUUUGAGUUGGCCCAGAAGCAAAAUGGAAGCCAAUGCAGAUGAGUUAUGAUUUGUGCAGUGUGUUCUCUUUGGCUGGUCCCUGUGAAAAGUCACUCUCUUCUCUCAAUUUUACGCUAGAUGUUGCUAAUGUGUGAGACAAAAUGGGACUAGCACUUCUGAGUUAGCAUCUGCCAGUAAAGGCUCAUUCCAAAACAGUAACCACCCAUCCAGUAAGUUCAUUCAAUGAAAACUAUUAUUUAAAGCCACUCAUUGCAUGUAUAUGAUACAUGGCACAUGAACCAGCAGAAUAACAUUUCUCAUUACUCUGGGUUGUUUGGAUCUGCUGCUGGGACAAUCAUUUAUUGUAAUAACAUCAAGUAGGUCAUUGGGUGAGGAUGCUUAAAGAUGCCUGUGGGGAAGGAAAGAUGUUUGGAAUAUGUAAGAGUUGCAUGCUAGAAGGAGCUGACCUCUUCUGAAGCCAGGCACAAGGAAGUGUGUCACUGACUCAAAAUAAAAAGAAAUAGCUAGAAAGAGAUACAUCUGACGGGGAUGGGUGAAUCCAUUUCGGUUUUUCCAUUUGUCAUUUUCCCAAUCUUAAGUUUAGUUCUCCAUGUUUCUACAUCAGUUUGUCAACCUGCCUUUAAAACAUCCUGGUGGGAAAUUCACCAGAAUUUUAGAGCAAAUAUAUUUUUACAUGCCAUUUCCCCCAAUGUGCAUGCUUUUGCAAGCUGUUUCCCUUAAUAUAAUGCAUUUCCGUAUGUUAUGUUCACUAAUAUGCACAAGUAUAUGAGUUUUUCUAUACAUUGCUUAGCUGGAGAACUGCAUUUGAUGGCUGUGUUUCAGUUCGCAUAUUGUUUUGGAAAGUGCAAAUCAGGUAGCCUUUAAAUGUGAACAGGACAGAAUUUCUCCCCCUUGUCUAAUCUGACCCCACUCUUGUGGAGAUAUCUCAGCCUGGAUUUCUUAGCAAGUGCUGUUUCCGUUGCAAGGCAGACUUUCUGCAUUCCUCACUUGACCACGAUCUGCACAGAGAAACAUCCCAUAACUCUUGUGAAUGAGUUCAUCUUGCGUUUGUCUCCCCCACACCAUGCCCUGGAGAAGUUUUGAGAGAACUUUGCAUAACUCUCUCCCCACAGCAUGUUUUGGAAACAUCUCUUGAUCCACUGGGUUUGGAAUAUGUAUUAUGAUUCCUGUGCCCAUGGGCUUCCCCUCCUCAUUUAUAUUUUUAAGUAGUACACUGAUCUUCCCCUUUCAGCUGAAGAGAACUUCAGAAAAUGAAGCAAGUGUAAACUAAUGAAAGGGAGGAGGAGGAGAAACAACAGCUUCAGAGAUUUUAUUACAUGGUUAGAAGGAAACUCUCACUCACUUUUAUGUAAAGAAUCCAGCUCCAUUUCCUCAGAACAACACUCUGAUUCUAUGGAAAGGCAAUGCAUCUCUCUAUGAGUCUCUAGUAUUUUUCAUUCUUUAAAAUGUUACUAAUUUGGGGCUUAAGUUUUAAAAUGCAAAAAGCUUUUUCAUUCCUGUUGCAACUCGCUGGGCACAGUGGACAUGGCCUCAUAGGCUUGACAGCAUAUACAAAUACCCUUCUUGUCAUUUGUUACCAAGCACGUAUUAUAUAUAAACUUUUUAUUGCAUUCCGUUUCUUUACCCAAGAGUAAACAGACCUUCAUUGAACCAAGUAGUGAAAACUUGCAGGGCUGCCUUCUUCAUAGCAAUGACCCACCAUUUCAUUUGUUUGUUUCCCCUGUUGAAUUUAGUUUUGGAUGGUAUUCAGCUCCCUCCCUCCCGAAUGGCAGUACACAUAUUCACACACACACACCCCACUUUAUAUAACAAUAUCAUGCAAAAAUAUCACAUCAUAUUUGGUUUGGUUUCUUUGAUGUACAAUAUUCCCUUUUGUGUCAUUAAGCUUAUUUUCAUAAUGCAUAGGGAGAAUGUGAAGGGCAGUACAUUGUUUCAUCUCAACCUAUCAAGUCUCUCCAGGAAAGUUCUUAGGAAGCUGCUACUGAAGUCCUAUUUUCACUGAUUCUGGAAUGUAGAAUGAACCUGUGCCACCAUCUAAUGAACUCAUCCUCUAUGUUGGUUUUUCUGGUUGCUUGUACUGGCUUUGCCAAUCUUUCCAUUAGGGCAAAUUUUCCCAUUCAUCGAAUGUUCCUCCAUCUUCAGUUUUCCAAUUUCUUGCUGUUAGCUUUCUAGCUGCAGCUAACAGCGUUGAUAACAUUUCUUUAUAUGGUGCAUCUGAGUUUUGAUCAACAAAUGUAGCUGAGAUUUUACCGGCUCAUUUCUUUCAGUGUGUGAUCAGAAAUUUACAACAAUAAAAUCAGUUAGAGAGCUGCUAGAUCCCUUGUUUGCAAAAGGAGAUUAAAGAGGACAUAAACUGCAAUAUCCCUUUGAUUUCUGCAAGGGAGACUGAAUGGUAAUCUAGCAUGAAUGGGAAACUUUGAUCCACCAGAUUUCAAUGCACAUACUCAAGUGAGGCCUUUACAUAGUUUGGAUGCCGCUGGGAAGGAAGAAGCUUCAGCUGGAGCCAAAUAAAGGGACAUUGCAAGGAAUUCUAUGCAAGGAUAUAUAAUAAGAAGGAUAGUAUAUGCUGGUGAUUUUUGUGAGUACUUCCAUGGAGUCUUCUGCCAAAUCUGGAAAUAUCUUAUAAAAGCCGCUAGUUUUUUUGGUGUUUUUUUUUAAGCAGUAAUAGUUUUCACACAUUCCUUAAAUUUUCUUAGUAAAGUGCUGUUGGACUGUUUCUGGUGUACCAGAUUGAACUGGGUGUAUGUAAAUACUGUGCAUGGCUUGCUGUUGUUGUUUGGGUUGGCAAUAACCAAUAAAAACAUUCACCCCAGGGUCACAACACAACAAUAGAAUGCAACAAUAAAACAGUUUAAAACAUAUGACAAUCACAAGAACAUCUUGAAAAAUGCAUCCCAAGUGUCAAAGAUCAGGGUGAAGAGUUGUAUUUUCAGCAUACAAUGAAAGCUGUACAGUCAUACCUCGGGUUAAAUAUGCUUUGAGUUGAGCGCGUUUGAGUUGCGCUCCUCGGCAACCCGGAAGUAUCGGAGCGUGUUACUUCCGGGGUUUUCCGCUUGCGCAUGCGCAGACGCUCAAAAUGACGCCGCGCGCAUGCGCAGAAGUGGCAAAAAGUGACGCGUGCGUGCACAGAUGUGCCGUCGCUAGUUACGUUUACCUCUAGAUGCAAACAGGGCUCUGGAACGGAUCCCGUUCGUAUCUAGAAGUACCACUGUUAUAGUGAAGGGACCAGACCCACCUCUGUGGGGAGGGAAUCCAACAACUUAGGGGCUGCCACAGACAGUGGCAGAGCUUCAUGCUCUGGCACCGGGGGGUGGGGCGGAGAGCAGGCGGGGCCAGGGCCGGGGAUGGCGCGUGUCCUGGGGGUGCGGCGCACCGCCCGCAGGGGUGUGGUGCGCAUCCUGGGGGACAUGGCGCCCAGCAUGGGCAGGGGGGCAGCUGCGAUGGCUCCCCACUGGGAUCACGCUGCCGGGGGCGGUGCGCUCCCCCCACACCCCUCUUCCUCCACCAAUGGCCACAGAGAAUGCCAUCUCUGCCCACCCUGAGCGUCUGAGAGCAGAGGAACUACCAAAAGUGCCCCCUUCUGCUGAUCUUAACACCCAAGAAGUUAAUGGAUAGAUAUUGGUAUUUUCCUGGUGCCAUGUCUGCAAGCUGCCUUGGUUUUUGUUUUUGUUUUUUAAAUAGCUUUUUUAGUUCUCCCUCAACCCUGGUUUUCCAGCCUGGAUAAGAGUUUGACGUUGGUCUUUUGCUUAGCAGGUUGAAGGAUCAUAGUGCACCUCGGAUUCCUACAUCCUUUUUUCUUUCUUUCAGGAGCCAAAUGAGUAAUGAGGUCAAAUUGCUGUAUUGUUACGGGUUUUUUUUUCCAUUCUUUGAUAGAGUGGCAUCCUCCACCUGGUGACCUGCUCUGCCUUCUCACUUUUGGGUUUCAGAGAAAGAGGUGCGGGUGCUGCAUCCGCGCUCUGCCAGGUAGCCUGUGGUGGUGUUUUGGCGGCAGCCCAAGCAACACCUGCCGACUGCUGGCAGCGAGCAGGAUCUCUGGAGGCACCGUUUGUUCUGUCUUCAUGCUUGUGAUCAAAGGAAGCGGCUCUGCAUCAUUACUGGGAUGAAAGGGAGGGAGGGCUGGAUGUGGCACUUCCAAAUAUUUCUAGAGGUGGCAGGGAAGAAUAAAAGAGGAGAAAGAAAUCAGGAAAAGGGAUGUAAGAAGGCGCUCUGCUCUGCCCUGUAUUCAGCACAUGCAUCACUUUUUCCAUUUUUCUGCAGUUUGUCUUCCACUGAAAACUACACUGUCCACUGUGGCAAAAUUGCAUAAUGUAAUGAAUUACAUUGUCGUCACGCUAUUCCACCCCAUUCAUCUGAAUGCAAAGAAAACACAAUACAGAUGGAGGGGGAAACAUGAUCAAUUACAUAUCAUCUUGGAAUGAAAGCAGCAACACAGUGAAUGUCGAUUUUAUUUACUGGAUUGAUUUCCGUUCCGUGGGACGGAUAAGCGAACACCAGCCAUUCAGUGCAAAAGCCAGCCUGUCAUUGGUGACAUCUCCCUUGAAGACAACCAGAAUGCCAGUUCUCUGCACACUAUGUUUCAAGUACGAAUCUCAGCAUCACCAUUUUCAAAGGGAAGCCAAAGACAAGAUAGACUGCAAUAUGACAGCUGUCUUAAGAGUCUGAGAUGUGGAAGGAAAGUUGGGGUGUGUUCUGUGUGCACAUGUGUUCCAAGCACCAUUCCAAAUUCCAUGUUCAAUCCUGAGCUCAUCCUCCACAUACUGACAAAUCCACCUUUGGAAGUGCCUCUGGGGAAGAAGAAGAGACACCCUCCGUGGGGCCCCCUCCCUCAGGGAGUCAACCUUCUCCCCACCGGAAGUGCUAUGCUGCUAGUUCCCCUGGAGCUCUCAGGAGCAUAUGAUCCCAUUAACCAGGGCAUCAUUCUGGGUUGGUUGUCAGGGAUGGGCAUAGGAGACACCAUUUUGUGGUGGAGCUGAAUCUUCCUAGAUGAGCAUUCUCAAAAGAUGGUCCUUCAGCUCUACCCUGUGACAAUUGACGUAAUAGGUUCAACAAGGGUUGGUAUUGUCCACCAUGCCUUUGAACAUCUACAUCAGGGGUCGGCAAGGCUUACCAGGCAUGGGCCAGAUCACUCCUGUGGAGAUCCUGUGGGCCAGACCGGUGCAGCACGAGGCCGGAAAUUGCAUCUGUGCAUGUCCGUGGUGCCGGAAAUCGCUUCUGCGCAUGCCCAGAUGCAGAAAAUCAUGCCUCUGCAGAAGCAAUUUCUGGUGUCUGGGCAUGUGCAGAAGUGAUUUCUGGCACCGCAGACAUGCACAGAUGCAAUUUCUGGCAUCUGGGCAUGUGCAGAAGCGAUUUCUGGAGCUGCGGAAGAGAGUCCCUGUGUCGUGCUGCGCCGGUUUAGUGCAGUGCGCAGGGACUCACCGAGCGAGCGGCUCAGUUCAGGGGCGGUUCGUGGGCCACUUCAACAGCCUCUGUGGGCCACUUCCUGGUCCAUGGGCCUUAGGUUGCCAACCCCUGAUCUACAUGAAACCACUGGGAGAAACCGUCUGGAGGUCUGGGCUUCUGUAUGUGGUUGACAGUCAGUUUCUAGCUCUCAUUUCUGUUUUCCAAUCCCAGGGAGGCCGUAGAACUCCUAAACUGGGCAAACAAAUUCCAGUCCAGAUGGAGGUUCUGUGGGUGGAGGCAGGGUUGCGUGUUCCAGAAGGAAGUUUACAUCUAGUCUAGGAUGGGAUGGCACUCUCUCAGAAAGAACAAGUAUGCGGUUAGGGAUUUCUCUUGAACUCUGCACUAACUUGUGGCAGUGGUGAGCAGGAGUUCGUUUCUUCAGCUUCAGCAUCAGUCAAACUGAGCCACAGUAAACUAUACCCAUUCAUGUCUAGGCUUGACUACUGUAAUGACUGCUCCCCACAUCAAAUGGGGGGUGCCUUUUGCGUGGUCGCGCGCAGCCCCCCGGAUCCUAAUGUGGCUCCUGGUAGUACGGGCUGGCUUCGCCCUCCCCAGGCUGGAUACCUGGAGGUCUCCGCCUACCUCAGCCAAUCUCCCAAUCCCGCCUGGGGAGGCAUUGCCAGGGGAUCAGCCAGGUAGGAGGAGGGACCACCCUGCCCAAUGUGCUCUGUAUGUGGCUGCCUUUAAAGAUGGCUUGGAAACUUCAGCUGAUUCAAGAUGUGGCUGCCAAGAUGGGAGCAAGGUGGUCAGAUCUUGUAACACCCUUAUUACACUUGUUGAAUUGGUUGCUGGUGAAUUUCUGAGCCCAAUUUAAAUUGCUGGCUUUAACCUUGAAAAUGUGUUGUUGUUUGAAGGGCUGCCUGAAGUUGUUUGAAGGGCUGCCUGUACCUCUGCCAACCUACCCACACGUUAAGAUCAACAAUUGAUCCCACACUUCAUUUGCCUGCUGCCUAGGAAAGUAGAAUUGGCAGGCAAAAGGGAGAGGGCCUUUUCAGUGGUGACUCCGCAGCUGUGGAAUGUAUAGACUCUGAGCCUCAGGAAGAUCACUACACUUCAGUGUUCUAGAAAGGGUCUGGUGACUUAAAUAACUGCUCUGUAAAUUGUGAAACCAGGUUGGGAUGGUUUAUCUGUUAUUUGGCUGAUGGUUAAUAGUGCUGAGGUACUUUUCCAUUUCUAUUUUGUAUUGCUGUUGUAGUUUGAAAUCUUUAAUGACGUCAACUGCCUUGGGAAGCUUUGAUCAGAAAGGCAGUCUCUAAACAAAAGUCUAAUAAAUAAGUGGCCCCUAUCGCUUGCCACUUUUACCACCGCCAUUGUCUGGGGCAGAACAAGAGGCAUAUGAAGAAGGAAGGUGCUGAGCUGCAGAGGAAGAGCUCUUGCCUGUGCACCUCCUGUUGGUGUGUGAGACCUUGGCAGAUGCCCAACUUUGCCUUUGACCUUUGACACCUGCCCAGUCUCCAUAUCCAUUUUCAAGUGUCCAGGACAGUGAGGGAGGCCUCUCAAAGGCUGUGCCUUGCUAGCUGAUUUGUUUCUCUCUCUGUUCCAACACGACCUUCAAGGCCUCAGGGCAGUUGCAAGAACCUCAAUCUCACCUUCGCAACAAUGACAAUCCUGCAAAGCAGGUUAGAUUUUGGUUCGUCCUUGACUCCUGGUUCACACGUUGGAUGGGUCCAAGCAAGUGUACAUCAGGGGGCGACUGGGACUGCUCAUCUGUGUGGGCAGGGGAAGCAAGCACACUGGUUGUAAAGAGCCAAGAAAGAGUAAGACCUUUGCAGUAGCAGCUAUACCCUUGGAAGGGAAGGAAGCAGAUCACCAAUCACGGCCACCACAGAACUGAGGUGUGGUGCCCUUGGCUUUGCUGCCAAGACAGGUGGAGGAUGGAGAGAGAAAGUAAGUGCGCGUGGGUGGUGAGGAGAAGGAAAUGGGGCACUAUAACCAAGAGGAGGGCAAGUGGGUGGAUGGCUAUAAAACCAUGUGAGUCUGACGCAUGGAAAGAUAUUGGGACACUUAAUCUACAUGACAAUGCCCAGCAUCGGUAUAUACUGUUUAGUUCUUUGUGUUGUCCACUGUUUGGGAGAAAGGGAAUGAAAAAUAAAGGGUAGGGUGUACUAGGGGAAAGAGGAGCUUGUGUGAACUUAGCAAGUGCAUUGUCACACAAAGCAUAAUGAAUGUAAGGAACUCACUGUCCUAAGAAGUGAUGGUGGUUUAGACUUGUGCUGUGCUGAAAAUUGCUCCUGAUUUUAUUUUUUUUAAUAACCAUUCUCCAUUGAUAAGAAAACGAGUUACAUUUCAAAAUUUUCAAAGGGGAUAGAAACUGCAAACCAUAUUGCCAGUCGUCUGUACCAUGCAGCCUUCCUGGGUGUCCACAUUUCAAUUUAAGCCCAGAAGAAGACGUUGUGAAGAAACAGAUCAGGAAGCACAGCCAGCGAGGGAGGCUGCAGGUUGCUGGGGCAUGCGGAGGGCACCCGGUGGCAGUGGGGGGUGGCAGCCCCCUUAAUAGGGGGGGGGCUGGGACGAGCAAGCAUGGAUGACCCUGCAUCUCCCUAAGCAUUGUGGGUUAUGGCCAUGGGGCCGCAGCUCAGCGAUGUUGCUCAUGCAUUGCAUGCAGUAGAUCUCAGGUUCAGACCCAGGCACUUCCAGUUAAAAGGAUCAGGUAGCAGGUCCCUAGGAAGUCGCUGUCAAUCAAAGUACAGUUGGUACUACUGGCUAGGUGGCUUAAAUAGCCUGACCGAGUAAAGACAGCUUCCAAUGAGUUCCUAGUAUUUGUUGCAAACAGAAACUCUUUCUUUAUCUCAGCCAGAAGCCUCUCUUCAUGACUUCCCAGAAGCUGAUAUGGAACAGUUUUCCUGGAAAGGGAUGUCAAGCACCCUCCAUUUUCCUUGCAUCUUGAGCCAUAAUCAUCAAUAGGCACUGGCUGACAGAACAAUAAAGUCAAUGUGAGCUUUUCUGAACAAGUAGGAAGAGGUUGCUGAAUUCCAUUACCUCUCCCAAACAACUGCACAUUAUCCCUUUAUGGCUGCUGAUUGAUUGUUCCAUUGUUUGGCUCCUUUCUCUAUUGCUCAUUUGGUUUUUAUUAUUUACUGUGUAUAUUUUAAACUGAUUCUUCUUCACUUCUCUGUUAGCUGCUGCAGAC